AAACCACGAUUCUUUAAAUAUACAGUAACGUAAAACAAUUUCUAUUUCCAUUAUGUUAAAUUUAUCAAAUUAAAUAACAAAAAUGGAUAAGAAUUGGGUAAUAAAUCAAAUGGAUAAUAAGGAAUUAAAACUUGUUCAUCAGUUCCUUAUAGAUCAUAAUUUCGAUAAUACUGCCGGUGCAUUAAUGGUAGAAGCAACAAUAAAAGGUUUUAAAUAUUUUAAAAAAGAUUUACAAUCCGAAAGCGAGAUUUAUGAAAAUUUGUGUAAAGAAUUAAUGAUAAAUUAUAAAACAGGAAAUUGGAAGACAUUCUUUAAAUUAUGGAACAUGAUAGUACCUAAAGAUGCAAAACAAACAAAAGCUUAUAAAAUUUUGAUGUUACAUAUAUAUGUAUAUUUUGCAAUAUUACCUAAACAUAUAUUAAAGUCACAAUGGCAUAAAGAAAAUGAUAAAAUACAAAUAAGUAUAAAUAAUUCUAUGACAUCACUUAAUCCACAAGAUUUUGAAUAUGAAGAGAAUUUUAUAACUGAAGUAGAAAAGAAUAUGAAUGAUAGUAUGGAAGAAUUACGCAAAUUUUUGAAUACAAUAGGUAAGGAAUUAGAAAACAUUACAGAAUUAAGACCUUAUUUUGCAUUACCUUUUAUGGAGGACCCAUAUGUAGAACCAUUUCUUUCUAAAAUAUUUGAAAAAAGUUGGUCAGACAGAUUGACAGAACAUUUAGAGCUUUUUCUUGAAAAAUGCAAACAACAAUUUUUUAGUGAUCUAAAAUAUAGUGAAAAUUCCAACAAAUUUUCUUUAAAUUAUACAUCUCUAAUAGAAGAUUCCAAAAAAGAUAUAACUACAAAAAAAACAAUUAGAAAUAUUAAUGUACCAAUCAUACCAAAUGAUAGAAAUAUUCCGAUAUUUUUAGAAGAUAAUAAAGUUGAAAAUCAAUGCAAUUUAUAUGAUAAUAUAAAGUUUAAUCAAAAGUCAAAAAGUAUACAGACUGUAUCAAACUCUGAAGAAGAAAUUUAUUCAUCACAUUUUACAAAAAAAAAUAAAAAAUUAAUGCAGUGCACUCAAGAAUUGGCUGUAGCAAAAUCUCAAUUAUCUAAUGUUCAUUGUAAUUAUGAAAAAUUAAAAGUAAGAUUCCAUAAACUCCAUACUGAUUAUCAUAAAUUGAUGAGUAUUGCAAGAGUAUUAACAACAGCUUUAGAAGAUUCAGUAAAAGGAAUAGCAAUUGAUUUUCAAAUUAUGCUAGAAACUUGCAUAAAAAUUUUUCCAGAUUUGUUUAAUCAAAAUAUAAAAGACAGUUCACAUUGUUCCUCGGAAUUUUUAUUAGAUAAAUCAUCUCAUUCUGAAAUGAAACUUAUUGAAUAUUCAAAUUCAUACAAUAUGUUCAUUCCUCCAAAAUUAUUAGAUUUCAAAAAAAUUAAAUUACAUUUAAUUAAUGGAAGCAUCAAAACAAAAUUAUUUCUUUUGCAAGCAUUACGAAGGAAAAUAACAUUUAGUCAACCUGGAGAAAGAGAUGAAACUAUGCACGAAUAUAUAAGUAAAGAUUUAUUAGGACUUCAUAGUCAAAUCGCUAGUUACAAAGGCAAAUCCAUUCUGCCAUAUUUAUUAACUCCACAAAACGUUAUUAUACCACAUCCUCUACAGCAAUCAAUUACAAGAUUAUUGAACGCUUUAGCAUCGUUCAGAUGCGGUAGAGAUUAUUUAUCAUUUGAUUCUACUGUUGUUGAUAUGAUAUUUAAGUGUCUGAAUAGUAUUUCUGAUAAUAACAUAGAUACAAUAACUUGUAAUAUGAUAAUUGCAAUGCUACAAAAAUUAUCCUUACGCAAACAACAAAGAAUCUAUAUGAUAGAAAAUGGAUUAGUAGAAUGGUUGAUCCACCAUUUACGUGAUCAAUGUCGUAUUAUGGAUUCCUAUCGAUUAGAAUACGCUACAGCUCUUUUGAUGAAUUUAUCCUUACAUCAGGCUGCUCAAGAAAGAGCAUCAGCUAUGGCAUCUUUACUUAUUUCAACUUUAAUUGAUUUGCUUUUAAUGGAUUAUGUAUCGACAUUACCAUAUAUUAAUGGAGCAUUAAAUAAUUUUUUAACGAAUUAUGUAAUCAAUGAAGAAGCAAAAAAACUCAAAUUUUCAUCUGUAAUAGAACAAUUCAGUAAAUAUAAAACUGGUGAAAUAAGGAAACAUUUGGAUUACAUUCUGAAAAUACAUAGAGGUGAAAUUACUAUUAAAGUGAAAGAUGAAGAAAUAGUAGAUAAUGAUAAUGAAGAAAUUGAUGUGUUGGAAAAUCAAUUGGAAGAAAACGAUCCAGUAAAAAAUAAUUAUGGAGAAUUAUGUGGAGAAUCAUUAUUAGAAUCAUGUUAUACAGUUUUACCAAAAAUAAUUAAAAAACCAGAAAUAAUUUCCAGUGCGUUAUCAUUUUUGCAAUUCCAAGCAGAAGCAAUAGAAUCUGCUGUGCAUAAUAAUCAAAUUAAAAAUUUAUGUUCUGAACAUGAAGAAAUUUUACAAAGGGAAAGCAGUAAAACGACCAUUGCAUCUUCAAUGCUUUUGGGAAUUGAAAGUGAAGUUGAAACAACAGUAAUGGAGAAACUCAGCAGUAUAGCAUCACUGUAAGUCAAGAUUUCGAUCUUGCUUUCGAUAAAAAUGCACGAAGAAUCCAGAAAGUAGCAUCAAAGUUACAGAUAAUAAAUCAUGGACACAAGAGAAAGAACUUGAUAAGGAAGAAGUAUUUUUAGCUAAACCAAAAGUUACUCGAACUCCAACAUAAUUAAAAUUAAAUAUUAAAAAUGUAAUAAAGAAAAAAAGAAUGAAUGUAUUCAUAUCAAUAAUUUUAUUUUAAACAACAAAUAACAUUUAAUUAAUAACAUUUAAUUAAUAUUAAAUAUUUCAUAUAAUAAAUAUAUACAAAACACACGGCCAUCACACACAUUUAACUCAUUAAAAAAUUAUUAAUAAUAAUAUGAACUAGCAUGUCCUGGUACAUAACUAUUGCUUCGAUAUCUUCUUAAUACAGGGCUAUCAGCAUAACUGUUACUAUUAUGUAAAUUCGGUAUAGAUGAGUACGGUAUCGAUGAAGUACUAGGAUAUGAAUUCAUAAAAUUCGAUUUACUUUUAUGACCUCCGACAAUUUUGCUAAGAUAUAAAGAUCCACCAAAAUAACUA